AUGGCAAUUGAAAAAGACACUCAAGGCUAGACUUCAAAUAGUAAAGCACUAGAUAAAUGGGACCUGUUUUUCCUUGUGACAAUGAUAACCCACAUACUUGCUGCUCCUUAUACCAAAGUAGAAGAGAUAUUCUAAGUCAAUAACAUUUAUGAUCACAUUUACUUGACUAAUGAUGUUGAAAACUAUGACUUUAUAGAGUUUCCUGGCGUUGUCUACAGAACUUUCAUAUCUUCACUUAUGAUUGCUGCAAUUGAUUUUCCCUUCAAAUACAUUUUUGUGAGGAUUGGGUUUACCUGCUAUCACAUGCAUGUUUUCUCAAGGAUAACUCUGGGAUUGCUGAACUAUUUUGCUUUAAAGAGACUGAGAAGCGCAGUCUAAGAUAAAUACAGAGAUGAUUACAUCACAAACUCAUUUUUCUUAAUGUUUAUCUAUGACUUUUUGAGAUAGAAACUGAGCCUAGAUAUAUUGAAGAAAGUUAUAGGGUAUGGAGUAAUCUUUUCUAUUGUGUUUAUAUCAAUUACACUUGCUAUUGAUACUUUCUUCUGGAGAGAAUACUUCAAUCAAAGGCUCAGAAAGACUGAAGAUGAAAGCUUCUUUAUGUGGCCUGAGUUGUAUGUGCUUUACUAUAACACCUACUUGAAUAAAAGUCAUGAGUGGGGCACCUCUCCUUGGUACUGGUACUUCCUAGCUGCUAUACCCAAGAGUGUUACUGUCGCUAUACCCUUUUUACUAUUUGGACUGAUUUAUCAGAGAAGAGGCCACAUCAUAGAUUUGCAGAUUUUAGAUGUGAUAAGUCCUGCUAUAAUAUUUGUGGGAUUGUACAGCAUCCUACCUCAUAAAGAACUCAGGUUUAUCUUCCCAGCUUUGACCUUAUUUAACCUUGGAGGUGCAAUGGUUACUCUUGCCUAUCCCUGUAUGUUAGCCAUCUUAACUAUCCAGGAGGUACCGCCCUUCGAUACUUCAACUAAGACUAUUGUAACUUAUCAACUAACAAUUAAAUCUAUAGAAAUUGAAAUGAAGUCCAAUCCUGUACUCCCAAAACCUUAUUUGCAUUCAGAUGUUUAUGCAUCAAUGACUGGUUUCAAUAGAUUUCUAUAUGAAAAUGAACCAAUAGGGUGGAAAUAUAAUAGAACUGAGAAUAUGCCUGACACUGAAUAUUUGGUUUAUACUCAUCUUAUCUCUGAUAGAAAUGACUACGCUGGGUUCAAGUUAUACAAAGAACCAGUAAAGGGAUUCCUGAGUCUUAAUGUUAAAGAAUGGAUUAAAAAUCCUUUGAAAAAUAAUUUAGUCAUUCUAAGUGAUCAGAUAUACAUACUUGAAAGAGAAGAUAUAUAGUAGUUAAGGAUAGGAUCAGAAGUGAAAGUUAACUAUGAAAAUGUUUGA